UCAAGAGGUAGUGAUGAAUUUUCUUUAUCAAAUUAAUUAAUGAAUGAUAUUAAUGGCGAAGAUUAAAGAGUGAAAGGCGAAAAGUGAGAUGUUUAUAGAGGUUUGAACAAGUCGUUAUAUCGAAAAGAUGUGAAAGUGCUUAGCGCUUCAUCAACGUUACACGCGUCUCGGUCUUUAAUAAAUAAUACGGGACUGGUAAACAUUAUUUGAACUAUAUUUUGGUUUAACAUAUUAGCCGAAGUAUAUUGGGAUAUAGCAGCAUAUUAAAAAUAUAUUCCUAUUAUGCCAUGCAUAUAAACGAAAUAUUUUAUUCGUAACCAAAUAUAAGUAAUAAUAGAUGGAAUAUUUAUUUUGCUAUAUAAAUGGUUCAUGAUUAUUAAAACUUAGGGAACAGUUUAGUUUUAGAGAAAUAAUGGAAGGACUGGCAGAAUUUGUCUCAAAAAGUUUUGAAGAAAAAUCGAAAGGGAUACUUGAAACGCAAGAAAAGACGUUAAAGAAUGUGGAAACGCAUGUUGUGUCACGCGAAUCAAGUCCCGUUCAGGUUUGUGACGAAGCAGAUGAAAACGUCCCAAAAGAUUUAUCACUGGUGAAAAUUGACGUCUGCUCAAGUCGACCAGAAACUCCAUUGAAUGAACACCAAGAGAGCGAUUCUGCCGAUGAUUUAAAAGACCGCUGUUCAGACAAUGAAAAUGACGAUCAGCCUAAGCUGAAACAGAGGCGCAGUCGAACAAACUUUACCUUGGAACAGCUGAACGAGCUGGAGAGGCUUUUUGAUGAAACACAUUACCCAGAUGCCUUUAUGAGAGAGGAACUAAGUCAAAGGCUUGGUCUUUCUGAGGCUCGUGUUCAGGUAUGGUUCCAAAAUCGAAGAGCAAAAUGUCGUAAACAAGAAAGUCAAAUGCAGAAAGCGGGUAUUAUGCUGACAUCGCCUGGAACAGUUGCUCCUCUAGACGCCUGUCGUGUCAAUCCGUUUGUAAACAUACCCUCAGUCAGAGAACCACUGGACCGAUUGCACUUCCCGCCAUUUCUGCCGUAUUUUCCUCUUCCAUCGGCGUCGGGGCUGGCUCCACCACUUCACCCUAUGUUGUUAUAUCACCACCACUAUGCCGCGGCACUGAACUACGCGGCUCUACCCGACAGCGGAUUCAAGGCUUCAAAGACGACAAGCAUUGCUGACUUGAGAUUGAAAGCUCGACAGCAUUUAGCCUCACUUGGACUUCAGAAUGUGUGAAUCUUUUAAUAUUUAUUGGUUGUUUUUAUCUUGUGAUCAUAUAUACACGAUUUGUUUUUAACGUUUUAUACAUACAAAAUAGAGAUACAUUUGUACAACAUAUAUGUAGGCGUGUAAAAUAAUUUGAAGUUCUGUAAUAUAACAGAAACACGAAAUAAACACACUGAAUAAGAAAGUAAAACUAGUUGAGACGACCAUAAACAAGGGCUCAACUGAACAAAUUUUGUUACGAACAAAGCGAUGCUAUUAAAACUAAAGCAUGCGGCAACAUGUGAAAUGUAUAUGCAUUCCUUUGCUGGAUGUAGUUAUAAAUAUAACUUUAUUGCUUAUCCCUUAAAUUUAAAUACUAAAAAUGCUUUUAAAUAACAAAGUUAAUACAGUCGAAACUCGGUAUCUCAAACUCGCUUACCUCCAAAUUCCGUUUAAGUCGAAGAAAUUUCCAAGUCCCGUCAAAUUUCCUUCUUUAUAUAUGUAAUUCAACUCCGGAUACGUCAAAAUUUGACUUACUGAGACUCCGGAUGUGUCGAAAUGGAUUUUCAGUCCCGUCAGUGAAAUUCAAGUGUAUUGUAAACUCGGUAUGUCGAAGUGAAAAAAGUAUGCGAUAAAAUUUCACACAUGUCAUUGUGAAUGUGUUUGGUUUUUAACACAUGUACAUGUUUAUUGCCUGACCAGAAAGCCGUGAUGCCGACAUAUAAAAGGUGCGGCGAAUAUCAAUGUGAGAUGAGGUCAUACCUGUUUGCACGUGCCAUAAUGAUAAUUGUUUGAUAUAAACAUUAGAUUUCUUGAAUCAGUUGUCAUUUGUUUUUGAAAGUUAUGAAAAUUGCUUUAAAUUUAAACUAAUGAAUUAAUUAGUUUGAACAGUUUGGAUCUUUAAUAAGGAUUAAUUAGAGGUAAACGCGAUGAAACUGUAUAAAAAAUAACUUCUUUUGAGAAAGCAUCAUUUGUUCAAAAUGUCAGAUCAAAAUGCUAUCAAUCCUCCGGGAGAGCAAUGUGGUACAAAAAGGAAACUUGACUCAAAAACAUUUCAGGUUAGUAUCAUUUUUAUUCUUCGAAAACCUGAGAACUUUGAUAAACACACACUGUAAGGAAUCGUGUACGCGUAAAGUACUGACAGCUUAUACACGGCUACAACUUUGUUUCAUCAUUUCGUCUUUACAAGUCGCUCUUCAUAACUCGAAUUUCGGUUAUCUCGAAAUAAAAAGCACGGUCCCUUGAAAUUCGAGAUACCGAGUUUCGACUGUAUAUAAUUAGACCAGAAAGUGGCCUCAUUUUUAAAAAUGAAGAACUUUAGACUUCCAGCACUUAAUCGCCUAUAACAUGUACUCAAUUUACGCAUUAAGAUAUUUGCUGUUGAUGCCACACACAAACUUAGUUUUUCUGACGAACUAUAUUUUGGUACCAAACCGAUAGUUUUCGUAUUAUCUGUAUGGAUCAUACAAAGACAUGCCAUAUAACUCGCUUAUAUAUACGGAGAUUUUUGUUGUUAAUUUAAGGAUCAAUUAAAAGUGUAUUCUUUCGUUGACAGACAUGCCUAUAUUAUUAUUAUAAGAUAUAUUGGCUCAGUUAUAUGUUAUAUCUGUGUAAUUGAAUGAUUGUUGGAUUUUGUUCUGUUUUUGCACUAAUCCGUUGUGACAUGGAAAACCACAAAAACUGGAACAAUUUAAUUACGAUAGGACCACCGAAUUUCCGUAAACCAGUUGAAUAGUGUUCCCACACGAAGGAUUCAACGCCACAAAUGAGGUUUCGAGCCAAAAUGAAGAAGGGCAAGUGCUCUGAACUCAGUCAUGCAGACCUCUGCAACGGAUGACAAUAGCAUUUCCAGAAUUAUAUAUAUAUAUAAAUGGCGAUAUUGAUUAUUUAUUUAUUUAUACAUUAUUAUUAUUAUUAUUAUUAUACCAGAUUUAUAUAGCGCCCUUUUCAUGAUAAACACGUUCAAAGGCGCUUUACAUAAAGCAAACGCAGCCACACAUCCUCUACUAGUACAGACACAGAGCGAUCUGACCAGAGGGACAGUGAUAAAACCCCCAGAACAGACAGAGAGAAUUUUUCAGAUACAGACGUGUUCGACUAACUUAGCCUAGCUCUUUUCGAAUAGUCUGGUUCUUUUACGUGCCCGGUGUAUAGCACCGGUACACGCGAAGUCGUCUUUCCUGGGAAGAACCAGUACAGGCCUCUAAGUUAGGUGGGAGACACUCAAGAAUUUCCAGUGCUUGGACCGGGAUUCGAACCCCGGACCUCUGGAUUGACAGUCAAGCGUGUUACCACUAGACCACCGGCCACAUUGAAUUAGACGGUAUACAUGUUUAAUUCCUGUUAAUGGUAAAUUUUGGAAUCAGUGUUAAAACGUAUUAAAUUGCUUCUAAAUAUAAUUAUACCUUAUUCUACAUAUAAAAUAAACUUCAUAACUGAAUUGAAAAGUUUUUUUUUCUUAAUUUCAUAUUUUGUUAAUCCCUUAAGAGCUAUUAUAACAAAUAUUGUGCUUUUGACUUGAAAAAAAUGUUUGUCAAAUUAAGCUUUACGAUUAUAAAAUGAUGUUGAUGGUUUUGCAAUACCCACAGCUUUUAAUGACAUUAGAGUAAUGCUAAGAAUAUUUAAUUUUUAAAAUGACGUUUCAUAUUAUCUUUCCGAGUUGACUUUUAUGUGUGUAUCUUUUGAAAUUACAUAUUCUAAAACAAUUUUAAUUACAUCCGAUUUAAUCAUUUAAAACUCUUCAAACUGACGCAUCAACAUUAAUAUCCAUCAAACGGUGAAAACGAAAUGGCUAA